AUGGAAAAGGCUGCAUCAAAAGCAGCGCCAAGGACAAGCAAGCCCGCGCCGCUUGGCCCUGUGCCACGACGACGGCCUCCACAAGUGAAGGCCAGGCCGAGAUCCAGCAGUCCGCCUCCUGCGUCUGUAGACAGGCCAAAAAGUCCAAAGAGGACUUCUACGGAGGCGGUCCCCGCACGCGCUGGAAGUGGAACCGACACCGGCCUGGCCAGCAAAGCUCCGCGAGCAAGUUCGUCGGAGAAGACAGGAGAUUCACUCCAGUCGAAGGCAGGACAGAAGAAGGAGCCCAAAGAGAAGCGCCUGCAGUCUCGCGCUGGCGACCUGCAGGCAAAGCCUUCCGCUAGCACGAAGGCAGCGAUGCCUCCCGUCGACACGUUGGAGGCACUCUAUGCCGAGAACUCGCGCCUGAAACAGGAGGUGGAGCGCCAACGAGCCGAGAUCCAGGCAUUGAGGGCCCAAAGCUGUGCCCAGCAAAGUGCAGCUGCUGAGCCAAUCGCGGCGCACAUAGUUGCAGCUGGAUCAAGAAGCGCCACUCCUGUCAAGGCCUGUCGGGCAUGCUCUGUGCCUCCAUCCAGGCCCAGUGCGGCUGCCAUGU